AAUAUUUGAGUACACGGUGUGUAGGGUUUAUAAACAUCCUCGCCGGGAUCGAAAAACCAACCUAGUGGAUCACAAUUCAGAAAUCACCGAUCCAGAAUCUUCUUCUCCUCCAGAAAAAACAGCCAUGGGAUCUUCAAGGGACAGUGACCAAUCUCCACCUCACCAUCACCAACCUCUCUUGAGCAGCCUCGUCGUCCGCCCCUCCCUAGCCGAGAAUUCACCCGGUGGUGCUCAUUCCAACGAUUACGAGCCCGGUGAACUCCGCCGUGAUCCUCCUCCACCUCCUUACUCUCGCUCUGAUCGCUAUUCUGAUGAUCCUGGAUAUAGAUUUCGUGCAGGUUCCUCAUCUCCUGUUCACCGUAGAGAUGCUGAUCAUCGCUUCACUUCUGACUAUAAUCACUUGUCACGGAACCGUGGAUAUGGUGGCGGGAGAGACCCUGGCAGAUAUCGAGACCCUCCACACCCGUAUGCUCGAGGUAGAGCAGGCGGCAGGCCAUUUGGUAGAGCUUUUGAUGGGCCUCGCUACGGCCAUGGUCAUGGUCAUGGUCAUGCAAGAGGGGAAGGCCAUGGUAGAAACAAUCCCAAUGUGCGUCCUAGGGAGGGAGAUUGGAUGUGUCCUGACUCAUUAUGUGGUAAUCUUAAUUUUGCAAGGCGUGACUUUUGUAACAACUGUAAGAGGCCUCGUCCUGCUGUUGCUGGAAGUCCUCCUAGGAGGGGUUCUCCACCACUUCACGCUCCUCCUAGACGCUAUCCUGGACCUCCAAUUGACCGUUCCCCAGAAAGGCCUAUGAAUGGCUACAGAUCUCCUCCUCCUCCUCGUCUGAUGGGAAGAGAUGGCCCUAGAGAGUAUGGAUCGGCUGCUCCUCUGCCACCCCUCCGACACGAAGGUAGGUUUCCAGAACCCAAUGUGCAUAGAGAGCGAAUGGAUUACAUGGAUGAUGCCUAUAGGGGGAGAAAUAAGUUUGAUAGGCCACCUCCAUUGGACUGGGAUAAUAGAGAUCGUGGUAGAGAAGGUUUCUCCAAUGAAAGGAAAGGAUUCGAGAGAAGGCCACUGUCACCGAGAAGGCCACUGUCACCGAGAAGGCCACUGUCACCACCUGCACCUCUUUUGCCGUCACUUCCUCCCCAUCGCGGCGGUGGCGAUCGGUGGACUCGGGACGCAAGAGAAAGAAGCCGUUCUCCCAUCAGAGGUGGCCCACCAGCAAAAGACUAUCGCCGGGAUAAUGUCAUGAACCGUGUUGGAGGAAGAGAUGAUAGGCGUGUGGGACGUGACAGACUUGGAGGAAUGUAUUAGCUGCAGGUUAUUGAAUGGAUGUAUUUUGUGAUGUAAUAUUUAGAUUCAUUAUAAUUUAUAGAUAUUAUUGAGCUUUGUUUAGAGUUUGAGAGGUUAGUUUCUGAAUCUCCAUAUUAUGGAGCUAACCCAUCGGAAAACAUUUUGAUAGUGUUGAAAUGCAUGGAACAUCGGUUUGCUUCA